AUGUCAGAAGAUGAGAAUGAAAUGGAGCAAUAUGGUGUCUCCGAUGAUUCAUGCUUAGCUUUCCAAGCUCACGAUCAAGAUGCUUUCACAGUUGCCAUUUGUAAAGAUAAAUAUAUAGCCUCAGGCGGAGAGGAUGAUAGAGCAUUCUUGUGGGAUUGGGGGUUAGAAUCUGAAACCCCUCUCAAGAUAGAACACAAAGACUCUGUUUUUUCUGUGGGUUUUAACCAUUCCGGUGCUCUUCUUGCUACAGCCGAUCUCUCUGGUCUAGUGAUUAUCACCAACACAGCCGAUGGUUCAAUCAAAUACUCGCUGGAAGAAACUGGUGACUUGGAAUGGGCUUUGUGGCACCCCAAGAAAAACUUCUAUUUUGCUGGAGCAAAAGACGGUACAACAUGGCUCUUCGAUCUUACCGAUGACGAGGCUGCUUUCCCUGACUUCAAAACUUAUCCCUCUCAUGGGGCUGUGACUACAGUGGGUUGCUGCACGCCUGAUGGCUCUAGGUUACUAGUAGGAUACGAAGAUGGCAUGCUCAAAUCUUUCGAUAUUGACAACGGUACAAGUCUCUCUAAGUACAUUGGUACUUCUGUUUCAUAUAUAGCUCACCACCCCACUCUGACUAUUACUUUUGCCGGAACUUUGGCUGGAAAUGUUUAUACCAUGAAUACCAAUGCCAAGGACGGUCUUACUGUCUUCAGCACAGCUUCAGCUGACGAGAAUCCUGUACGCAUGAAACCAAAAAAUGACAUGGACGAGGAAGAAGAAGCAAGUAUAACUGAAUCUGUUGAAGCCAUAGCAGUUUCCGAGAAAAAUAACUUUUAUGCUGUUGGAAGGAAUGACGGUAGCAUCAAGGUCUAUGAUGUUCAACACUCUUCACCUCGAAGCGUCAUCCGAUCCCCUUCAGGAUUGGCCAUCAAUAAUUGUCUCUGUGUCUAUAGAAGAGACAAGACCUUAUUGCUUGCGGGUUCGGUAGAUGGUACUGUUAAACUCAUGGACCCUAGAGACGGCGCUGUUGAAAAGGAGUAUGGCUGUGGUGGAGAUGCUGUUUUGGAUAUGAAAAUUCUACGAAUGGAACCUUUGAAGUUUAUAGCCAGUUGUUCCGGAGGUAUGCUGAGAGUCUUUGACGACUCUGUAGCUACUGAAUAA